GCGUUAAUGAGAUCAAAUAACAUGUUUAUUUCAAAUACAAAAAGCUGUCUUUAAACUAGCAUCAAUAAAACGCUUAGUGCAUGUAGCCUAUUUGCAUCAGCGGUGUUUAAGUUCCAUAUCGUGAUCAGAUCAGUGCGUCGACGGAGCAUCAUCAUCAGACUACGGAAGUCACGGUUUUGCCAUCUGACAUAUACGAGCACGUUUCUUGGAUUACGUCUAUUUCUGUUCUCGCCACUUGUGCUGUGUUUCCUUGAGUAUAACUAGCUAGUUGUAACUAUGGCGAAGGUGGAUACCUCCUCUAGCAGACCCUAUCACAUUGUUAUUUUCGGGGCUUCGGGUUUCACCGGGCAGUUCGUGGUUGAAGAGGUGGCCAGGAUCGUGUCGGAGGGCCCGAACGGGACGCUGAAAUGGGCUGUGGCCGGGAGAAGCAGACAGAAACUGGACAAAGUUCUAGAGCAGGCCGCCGGAGCCCUCGGUAAGCCGGAGCUGAGGACUGCGGUGGAAGUCAUCGUGGCUGAUGUGGGAGAGCCUGAUUCUCUGGCUGCCAUGUGCAAACAGGCUGUUAUUGUUCUCAACUGUGUGGGGCCAUACAGGUUCUGGGGCGAGCCUGUGGUAAAGGCAUGCGUGGAGAACAGCGCACACUGCAUUGACAUUUGUGGAGAACCCCAGUUCCUAGAGAGUAUGCAGUUGAACUACAACAGCCAGGCAGCUGAUAAGGGAGUGUACAUCGUGGGGGCUUGUGGCUUUGACUCCAUACCUGCAGACAUGGGAGUCCUCUACACCAGGGACCAAUUCAAAGGGACACUUACAGCUGUGGAGAGCUUCCUGACGGCCAGCACAGGACCUGAGGGUGGUUCUAUCAAUGACGGUACAUGGAAGUCGGCCAUCUAUGGUUUUGCUGACAGCGGGAAGCUGCGGAGCCUCAGGAAGAAGUUUGGACACAAACCUCUCCCUGUGGUUGGCUCAAAGAUCAAACGCAGGAGUGCCCUGUUCUACAGUAAUGAGGUUCAGCAGUAUGCAGUCCCGUUCAUGGGAGCCGACCCCUCGGUGGUGAAGAGAUCUCAACGCUUUCUACUGGAGGAACACCAGGAAACACCUGUCCAGUAUGGUGCGUAUGCAGGAGUAGGAGGUGUGGCCAACAUCGUCAAGAUGCUAUUUGCCGGGAUGAUGUUCUGGUUCCUGGUCAAAUUCGACUUCGGGCGAAACCUGCUGAUUAAGUUUCCAGAGUUUUUCUCCUUUGGUUUCUUCUCCAAGGAUGGACCAACCAGAAAGCAGAUGGAGGGUUCGUCUUUCCAGUUUGCAUUCUAUGGAGAGGGCUACACUGAGGGACAGGACCCCAGCCAGGGACGACCCAACGCUAAGAUCCGCACACUAGUCCAAGGACCAGAGGCAGGCUACGUGGCCACGCCCAUCGCCAUGGUACAGGCUGCUAUCACCAUCCUGAACGAACCCACAGCCCUCCCCAAGAAGGGUGGUGUGUACACCCCAGGAGCAACCUUUGCCAGAACCACGCUGGUGGAGCGCCUGAACAAACAUGGCAUCCAUUUCUCUGUCAUCUAAUGUGUGACCUCAUCUGGCCCCUGACCCCAGGUCAUCAGCACUUGUCACUCCACUGGUGUUUUCACUAGAUGGUCAUACUGCAAAGUGAAAAUUGCUAUAAUCAGCAACAUUUUAUUAGGGUUAGGCAUAAGGUUACAAUUAGGGUUGGUGUUUAAAAUCAGAUUUUUUCUUCCUUCCAACUUUGCAGCAUGGCCCAAUAAUGACGACCCUCUGUUUGUCUGACUGCGACUGUAGAGUCUUUUAAGAGAUCGUUACCUUAUUGUCAAAUAAUGGCACCUCGGCUUUAACGAACUCGCCAGCAGAUACAAAUGCCUCAUCUCCCCUGCGUGUGUGUGUGGUGUGUGUUCCAUGCCCGUGCGUGUGUGUUCCAUGCCCGUGCGUGUGUGUUCCAUGCCCGUGCGUGUGUGUUCCAUGCCCGUGCGUGUGUGUUCCAUGCCCGUGCGUGCUGUGUUUUUUCUCUCAAUAAAAAGUCUGACUGCAUGCUUAUAGAUGUUCCUGUAAGUUGUAUGUCUGUUCUCUGUUCAAUACCUGUUUAAUAUCAAAGCCCACUGUCUGAAACCUACCUUGUUUCAAGAGAAUCAGCACUUAUGAACAGUUUCAGAAAUUCUUCCUUUGUGAACCAUAGUGUGCAGUAUUUCAGUAAUCCAAUAUAGUUUUGCUGGAUCUAUUUUUAAGGAAUGUGCAGUGACGUUGCUUAGUUGAGAUCGACAAAGCAGUGCUUGUAAGAAAUAGGUGUUUGAGUUCGAAACACACAGAAAGAUGGAGUGAUCCUGUCCACAACUUGGAGGUGUCUUCUCUGUGAUUCGCUGAUUUAUGCGUGUGUGUGUUUGGGCAGGUUCUGUCCUUGUUCUUUUAGCCUGCUAGGGCUGUAGUUCUUCUCAACCUGACCAAAUAAAACCAAGACUACUGAAGUAAACCAA